AUGCCGCGGAAUUUUCGAGACUGUAAAGAUUUGGCGAUCCUGAACUCAGUUCCGUGCACGGCAUGCAAUGGUUCAAUACACCACAAACGCUUCCCGGGAUACCGUCAUACGGCUCUGCGCGUUCUAGUUUGUAAGAAGUGUUUGGAUUUCUACGGGUCAGGCUCGUGGUCAUGUGACGAAAACGGUCAGGACGAGUACUGCAGGUGGUGCGGUCAGGGCGGCAACUUGUACAUAUGCUGUAACGACGAGUGUUUGAGUGGUUUCUGCAACGAAUGCAUCAGACGGAAUUUCGGCUCUGCCGAGGUGGAUAAGGUCGAGGACGACGAUGACUGGCGCUGUUAUCUUUGUGAGCCGAAGAAGUUAGAGGACAUACAGAAGUGGACGGAAACGGUAUUCCGCUUCAACGAAGAAUUGAAAGCGAAACAGGGAGUUGUGGCAGUGUCUCGUAGAGAGAAACCAGCUGCCAGCAGUUGUGAGGAUGAAUCUCCGACUCGGUCAUCCUUCGUCGACUUGCGCAAGGCCAUACGUGCCGCUCAGCUCGACACCAAAGACGCGGAAGUUCGGGCGAGGAUCCACAUUCUCCUGGGCGAGAUGAAGAAAAGAAUUGUGACCGUGGAGAAAGCGGUGGAGAAGAACGAUCUCGAUCGAGCUGUCAGAUUAGUCGAUAGUCUCGUGAAUCCGUCGAAUAAUCUGACAGCUGAGAAUUUCAAGAGCAAAAACCUGCAAAUCAAGGUGAGGCCUCUUGAGCUCCGAAUCAAGCCGAAACACGCCGCACCUCCGAAGACGCGCAGCUCCGAGGACGAACGCGGAGCGGAUAGCGAAGACGAUUUCGAGCUGUUGAAAUUGUUGGAAGAUCCAGUGAGACGGAGGAAACUUCGGCGAGAGAUCAGGGAUGCUGUCGAGAAAAAGGAUCCAAAAUUGAGAGCACCCCGCGAUAGUGAUUCGAGGCUGUCAAGAGACGGAGACGAGGUCAUGCCGAGUAUCUCUUCGGAUUCCGACUCGGACAAUGGAAUCGAGGUCAUCGCCGAAAUCAAAGCCUCUCGGAAGAAGAAGAGCAAAGAAAAAAACGAAGCCGACUCUGAGGUCAAGAAGGAGGACAGCGUCGACGGGGCCAAGGAUCCGGAAGAGGAGGAGGAGCCGGCCCCCCUGCUGAGGAAAGCUCUACCGCCGAUGGUCAAAGACGGCAUGUCGACAUCGAAGCGGAAAAAAAAUCUAACUGUGAUCCAGAUGCUGGAACAUCGAAACCGUGAGAAAGCCAAACGGCGGAAGGUCCGCAUAAUAGACAGCGACGAAGAAGAUGUAAUCAGCAAGAAAGAAGAUUCGUUGGAGCUGUCUCCUCUGGUGAGCGACUCGGGCUCUGAGCUCGAGGAGCCAGAGAAGCCGAAGCGUAAAAGGACAUCGAAAAACAAGAGAGCCAGGAUCGGAGACUCUGACAGCGAUCAGGAAGAAGAGGGAGAUGGCAAGCAGAAAAAAAAGAGCUUCAUUCGAAAGAUCAUAUCCGAUGACAAAGUGGAAAAGGAGUCAAGAGCGGCCGCCAAGGAAGAGGCCGAGCGGCGUAAACGUGUUCUCGAGCGGCAGAAAUUGUACAACGAAAUCGAAGCCGCCAUGCAGAAGGAGCGUAAAACAGACAAGGUCACGCGCUGCGUCUUGGAAUACAACGCCGAGACCAAGGAGCCCGUGGUGGAAGUCGAAGAAGCGCUCGUGCGUCACAUGAAGCCUCACCAAGUUGAGGGUGUCAAGUUCCUCUACAACACAGUGAUCGAGUCGACCGCACAAGUGAUCGAGAACAAACCGGGGGGUGGGGCCAUCCUGGCUCAUUGCAUGGGUCUGGGUAAGACAUUCCAAACCAUCUGUUUCCUGUACACGCUCAUGACCCACGAGCUCCUGCGGAAGCACUUCAGGAAAGUGAUCGUCGUGUGUCCGUGCAAUGUAGUUUUGAACUGGGCGACGGAAUUCGAGAUGUGGAUAGACGAGAACGUUGACGUGAAACACUCGUUGACAAUCUACGAGUUCAGUAAAGUAAAGAACGCCUUCGACCGUUUGGAUAUGCUCGAAGAUUGGUACAAGGAAGGCGGUGUUCUCAUCAUGGGCUAUUCGAUGUUCAGACUCAUGUCGCAGAACAAGAGCAAGUCACGGAAAAUCAAGGACAGAAUCCCAAAGCUCCUACACGAUCCGGGAGCCGACCUCGUAGUUUGUGAUGAAGGCCAUACCCUCAAGAGCGACAAGGCUCAAAUUUCUAAAGCAAUGAACCUGAUUAGGACCCAGCGGAGAUUGAUUCUGACCGGAACUCCGCUCCAGAACAAUAUGUCCGAAUACCAUUGCAUGGUCAGCUUUGUCAAACCAAAUCUGCUGGGAACGCCGAAAGAAUUCAACAACCGAUUCAUGAACCCAAUAACCUUCGGACAACAGGCGAAUUCCGAUCAUUUCGCGGUCCGAUUGAUGAAAAAGCGGGCGCACAUAUUGAACAAGCUCUUGGCUGGCUGCGUCCAUCGUUGCGACUACAGCCACCUCACACCGUAUCUACCCGCCAAGUUCGAAUACAUCAUAUCGAUCGAAUUAUCGGACCUUCAGAAGACGCUCUAUCGAGAAUACCUCAAGCACAUCGGCAUCACCGAACAGACGACGCGCGAAGAUCUGAGAGGACGCUCCUUGUUGAAGGAUUAUCAAGUUCUUAAGAUGAUCUGGUCGCAUCCCCGUCUCUUGCUGGAAAGCGAAGAUCGCCAGGAAGACAAGCGACAGAAGGAAGCUUACAAAAAUCAAAUGGACGAUUUCGUGGUCGAAGGUUCCGACGAAGAAUCAGGAGCCAGUCAAAGCGGCAGCGGGACCAGCGACGACGAGGCUGGUGGGGACGAUCAGGAAAUUGUGAAGACCUACAAAACUCGACGCAACCGUAAAGAGAACCCUGGCGACGACAGCGAACCAGAAGAGGAAAACACGAAGGUGAGUUCCAAGAAAUACGACUCAACGUGGUGGAACUCGCACGUCCCGGAUGAUGAGGACGAAUUCACGAGCCUGGAGCUCUCUUCUAAACUCUCUAUAGCAUUCGAAAUCCUCCGGGAGUGUGAACCGAUAGGAGACAAAGUCAUCUUGUUCAGCACGAGUCUCCUGACGUUGAACCUCUUCGAGAACCGUCUCCAUGUCGAAGCCGAAAAGGCAGCCAAAGACAAGUCCGAUGGGGACUACUUCAACACGUGGGUGCACGGCGUCGACUACUUCAGGCUAGACGGGAGCACCAGUGUCGAUACGCGGAAGAAGUACAUCGAUCAAUUCAAUGAUCUCAGCAACAUGCAGGCUCGGCUGUUCCUCGUUAGCACCAGAGCCGGGGGUAUCGGAACCAACAUGGUCGGAGCGAAUCGUAUCAUCCUCCUCGACGCCUCGUGGAAUCCCUCAGAUGAUACGCAGGCUAUAUUCCGAGCGUACCGGUACGGCCAGACGAAACCGGUUUACGUGUACCGUCUGUUGGCGCAUGCCACAAUGGAGGAGAAGAUCUAUGAUCGUCAAGUGAAUAAAAUCUCGCUCGCCUCUCGAGUCGUCGACGAACAGAACCUCGAACGGCAUUUCAACGAGUCAGAUCUCAAGGCUCUUUACGAAUUCAAACCUGAAAAAAAUGCUCGAAAAACCCCGAAGGUACCGGUGGAUCAUCUCCUCGCCGACCUCCUGAUGAAGCGGAAAACUCUAAUCCAGGGCUACAUCGAACACGACUCACUGCUCCAGAAGGAACUCGAGGAUGAAUUGACCGAAGAAGAAAGGAAACAAGCUUGGAAGGAAUACGAAGACGAGCGCGACGGCAAAACACCUCCCCAAAUGCCAUACCAGAUGCCGGGAAUGGCUGCCGGAAUGCCAGGAAUGGCUGGCGGAAUCCCGGGUAUGGCUGGCGGCAUGCCAAACUAUCCUUACGCAAACCUGAAUUACGCAAGGAUGCCGGGCUUUGGAAUGCCGGGGACAUCUGGAUUGAACCCCCAGAUGGCAAGCCAGUUCGCGGCUCAUUGCCAGAACCUGCUGAGGAAUGCGGGAUCGUACGGUGCUGCUUACAGCCACUUGCUCUCCGAGCAAUUGCGACGGCAACAGCAGCAGCGACAAAACCUACUCCAACAGCAAGAGCAAGAACGUCAGCGUCAACAGCAGGAAAGGUUGCGACAACUACAGCAGGAGCAGCAGCAGCGGCAGCAACAGCAGCAAUUCCGUGCUGGUCCCAACGGUCAGAGGCAAGGACCUCACGCGCCAAAACUAACCCCGGAAGAGAUUCUGAGACGUCCUCCUUUCUUCACAACCAAGAUAUCGCAUCCCUCUUUCAAUCCUCAGCUUAUCCUGAAUGAAAUAAAAUUAAAGUAUCCACAAGCCGACCAACUGGCGAUAGCUGAUUAUUUCAAAGAGGCUCUGAAGGCAACGAAGGAAGUGUACGCAGUAAAGCUCAUGAAAGCGAAGCAGCAACUGGACUACUAUAAGAGUCAAAAUGUCUCACCACCGAAGCAAAUCCUGGAUCAGUUCAGCGAAUUCGAUUCGGGACUGAAACUUUCGGACCAGCUAGUCAUCAAACUGCAAGCCACUAUGCACCAGGCGAAGAUCGAUCUGCAGCAGAAUCCAAGAGCCGCGGGAUCAUCGAGAGCUCAUGUCAUAGACUUAGACGAGCCUGCAUCGAAUGGGGAUAACCCGCGUCGAGGCGGACCUAUCAUCGAGGAAAUCGAGUGAGCGAGUCGAGAAAUGUUUUAAGGUUUUUAGAGAUGAUCCGUCUCCACGGCUCCCAUCCCGUGCCCGGUGUCGGAGACCAAGUGAUUUACCGAAUGUGUUCAAAGCUGGAUUUGUACAGAUGAAUUGACGCUGUCGAACAUCAGCACUCGAAUUGGCAAGGUCGUCUUUCGGAGUGGUCGUCUGAUGUGAAAAUGUCCUCGUUGUGAAUACUCUCAAGUACUCUGAGAUGACUUGUAAAUUCUUCUCCCGCGCCUUUGUUCAAAGCAUCUUUAUAGCCGACAGAAGACCCUAAAAUAAAGAAUCUAUCUUCGACGA